AUGUCAAAGCGAGGUGUGCCAAUGCCCUCCACACCCUCGCAGGUGGGGCCCGUGCCUAAGCGAAACCGUCCUUCAGCUCGAACCGAAAGCGGAAUAUCUAAUGAUAUUCCAUCAGACGACGUGGAGGCAACCGAGGCAUUUGCUUGCCCCUUCUUGAAGAAAGACCCUGUUCGGCAUAUGGCUUGUCUCAGCCGCAAGUUGAAGCGGAUUGGCGACGUCAAACAGCAUAUCCACCGGCGCCACCUCAAUGACAUCGUACAGUGCCUUACCUGCAAUCUGACCUUUGGCUCAUCUAUCGACCGUGAUGAGCAUGUCAACUUGUCUCGUUGCUCCUCAAUGGCUUCCUCUGCUACUCGGCAGAGCAUUUCAGAGAAACUGAGAGGCCGUGCCCCCCGUGGGAUGUCACCCACAGACAUGUAUUCAAAUCUCUGUGACAUUCUAUUCGGCAAGCAAGAAAGACCUUUGAAGCCUUACCUUGGCCCCAUCCUGCUGGAAAGCAACGCACUGCUCUGGAACUUCUGGCAAUCAGAGAAGGCCUCUCUUGUUCAAACCGCAAUCAAGGACCAGUCUGCAUUCACCACCCCAGGAGAUGUCUCUCCCAUGGUAUUGGCCAUAGUCGACCAGCUUCGCAUCGGGUUUGAGCAACAUGUGAAAGCAUUGCGACUUGGUGAAAUACCCAACACCCCUGCGUCUAUGACACUUUCCAACACCCAGGAAGAAAUCCUCCAAGCCAACCCAUUUUCAAUGCAGAUUUUUGGCUAUAACCAAACAUCGGAUGUCUCAUUUGAAGCUCAAUUGCCAACUGCAGAGGGUUCUCACAAUUCCAUGUCUCUCCUAGCUACUGCAGGCACAGCCAUGAAUGACGAUACAAGUACCUUCUUGAAUACAAUCGAUCCAAAUAAUUCUGGCAGCGAUCCUUCAUCGUUGAGAAGAGAUGAGCCUCACUCUUCGGCGGAAAUUCUUUUCGGGCCUGAGGCAGGUCUUUCGACAAAUCUAGACUUUGACUCUAUUUUCAAGUAUCUGUAG